GUUUGAGAUGGGCGCUUGCUAAACAUAAAAAAGAAAAUUAAAUAGUUAAAAUACUGCUACAACUCCAGUGAGUCAGUUUUCUAAUAAAUUAAUUUCAUAUUCACAGAACUGCAUUGACACAAAACCAAAACCAAAAAUUGUUCUUCAAAGGCCUCCAAAUGUGGAAUAUAGUUAAUAUGAUCCAACUAGUAUCUAUCUUAAUUUACUUUAGAUCCUCAUCGACAGUUUAAUGUCAUAAUAAACGGAGUUCAUUUUGAGGUAAUAAAUUCAGUUGAAGAAGACAUUUUAGGAUAACUAGAUUGAAACAAUUUUUUAUGAUAUUUGUUUU